UAUGCUUUCGAUUCGUCUUUGUCACUCACAUUUUGCGUCUUUCCUUUCAGCGUGACAAUGGGACAUGGAGGUCGGCCAUGGGUGAGUGAUUACAACCAUGCUAACUACCAAGCAGCCAGGGGGGCACUCAAAACAGGUUCGUCUUACGCGCCGUUAAUAUGGAGAAACCUUGUUUUGGUAGAGGGGUCAUUCACCUACCCGAGCUACCCUGGGCGAGUCAACUUGCAAAACUCGGCGAAGCGUUACAUGAGACCGUUUACACGAGAAACAAAGAGAUGGCUCGGCUAGGAGGGUGAUCCGCCUAUGAAAAUACAGUAGCAUGGAAGGAAGGAAGGAGUCAUUGAUGAGAGGACAACAGAUGUGCCCUCUUUACAAUAUAUCUUAACAUGUGAGCAGUAAGCUUGGACGUCAGUAUACAAAGGCGUUACUGCCAGCCGCCCUCAGUCCAUUUAUGAGCUUGCUGUACCCACCCGACCCAUGAUGUGAAUGAUGUGAAUGAUGUGAUGUGUGAAGCUUGACCACACCUCCUGGUCUACGUCCCCUACUCUUUUGGAGCAGUGGUGUGGGUUCUUUUACGUCCCAUAAGAACCAGAUAAGUGUAAGUUCUGUGAGAUGGGACCUACCUACUGUAUUCUUCUCUUCUUUACUGCAGUAUUUGGAACUGACCCCGACAUGACCCGUGAAGGUGGAAGCAUCCCCGUGACUUUAACUUUGCAGGAAGCCACUGAAAAGAAUGUUGUACUUCUGCCUUUGGGUGCAUGCGUUGAUGGCGCGCACUCGCAGAACGAGAAGAUGGAUCGAAAGAACUACAUAGAGGGAGUGAGUAUCUUUGUGAUAUUCAAUGACGACAUGCUUUAUAUCCCUUAA